CCCCUCUAUCCAUCUGCUCAAGUCUCCUCCAGUGAGCUCCUGUCAUACCCACCCACUUUCUUACUGUUUCUGCUUUCUCCUCUGGUGUUUGGCGAUGUCCAGCACGAAGAAAACAGUACGGUCUUUUUCAUCAGUCUCCCAGAGCAGCUAUGGCUUCAGAGACCCCUUCAUCAAGAACUUUAAUGUGCACAGCUCCUCUUCGGGCUACUUCGGUGGGGCAGGUUGGGGUGCUGGUCCCACUGUGUGCCUUCCAGUGACAGCGGUCACCAUCAACAAAAGCCUCCUGGCUCCCUUGAACCUGGAGAUUGACCCUGAGAUCCAGGCUAUCAGAAUUCAGGAGAAAGAGCAGAUCAAGGUCCUCAACAACCGCUUUGCUUCCUUCAUCGAUAAAGUGCGUUUCCUGGAGCAGCAGAACAAAAUGUUGGAGACCAAGUGGAGUCUUCUGCAGGAGAAAACAACCUCCCAUUCCAAAAUUGACUCUGUGUAUGAGGAUUACAUCGCUAUCCUGCGCAGACAGCUGGAUGGCCUGGGAAACCAGAAAUUGCGCCUGGAGUCUGACCUGAACAACAUGAAGGGCUUAGUGGAAGACUUCAAAACUAAGUAUGAAGAAGAGAUCAACAAGCGCACUGAGUGUGAGAACAACUUUGUGCUCAUCAAAAAGGAUGCUGAUGAGGCCUUCAUAGCUAAGGUAGACCUGGAGGCUACACUAGAUGGCCUGAUAGAGGAGAUUCAGCUCCUGAAAACGAUCUAUGAACAGGAGCUGCAUGAGCUGCAGUUUCAGAUCAAGAACAUAUCUGUGGUUGUGGAGAUGGACAACAGCAGGACUUUGGACAUGGAUGCCAUUGUGGCUGAAGUGCGUGCUCAGUAUGAAGAAAUUGCCAACCGCAACCGUGCUGAGGCCGAGAGCUGGUACCAACAGAAGUAUGAAGAGUUACAAGUGUCAGCUACUAAACAUGGUGACAACUUAAGAAGCGCUAAAGCUGAGAUUGCUGAGUAUACUCGCAAAGUUCAACGUAUGCAGUCUGAGAUUGAUGCUAUCAAGGGACUGCGCUCUAAUCAGGAGAGUCAGGUCACAGAAGCAGAGGAGCGUGGAGAACUAGCUGUGAAAGAAGCUAGGCUCCGCAUUAAGGACCUGGAGGACGCCCUCCAGAGGGCUAAGCAUGACAUGGCCCGGCAGGUGCGUGAGUACCAGUCACUUAUGAACAUCAAACUGGCCUUGGACAUAGAGAUCGCCACUUACAGGAAACUACUAGAAGGAGAGGAAAGCAGAUUGGUUCGUGGAGUCCAGGCAGUCAGUAUCUCCAGACAGAGCUCCUUAAAAUACCAGCCUUAUCUGCUAGAAAGCAGCAUCAUCUCAUCUCACAGUGCUGGGACUCGUCCUCAAAUUGCUGGCACCACUAGUUCCACCAGUAUCACUAAAGUCACCGAAACCAAGAAAACCAUCAUCACAGCUCAGGAUGUGAAAGCAAACACUGAAGAAAAAAUGGAGAUUACAGAGUAGAGAUUAUGUUCAUUUUAUUGAACGAUUGGUUAAUAAAAAGAAAGAUUAUUUGAUAUUUGAAGUUUUUACACUCUAAACUCAAUAUUAUAAAAUUAUUAUAAUAGUAAUGUAGUAUUACUCUACACACCAUUACUGUUUUAUUUUUCUCUUGUAAUUAUGCCAUCGCAAUACAGCUAAAACCCAGUGCCUGGGUGCAGCAUCUAGAUCCAGUGAUAUGAUUUCUUUGACAGUAAAUAACUGUCACUUUCAACCAGCAAUUAUAUCACUUGUUUUUCUCUCUCUUACUCCAGUUUUAAAAAUUCAAUGAGAGAAAGAAAGUAAACAGAUUGGGAUUGAAAAUCUGUAAGACUGAACAACAACUUGUUUUCCAUUGUGGAACCCAACAAUAAAGCUGUUCCCAAUGACACAC